GGCACUGAGCUGCAGAUGGAGACCAGGGAGGACAAAUCCCCGUGGCAGAACCUCAUGGAAGAGGCUGCUUUGAGUGGCUCAAUGGCACAGGAAUCACACGGGGAGGAAAAGCCAGAGGGAUCCCCCACAAGGAGGGGCUCCAAAGCCAGCCCAGGGUGCUCUGAGGAGAAAAGGCCCCCCCUCUGCUUCAUCCAGAGGUCCAACCUGGUGGUCCAUGAGCAGCUGCACACUGGGGAGAAGCCCUACAAGUGCUUGGAAUGUGGGAAGAGCUUCAGCCACACUUCCCACCUCUUCAUCCACCACCAGAUACACACAGGGGGAUGGCCCUACAAGUGCUUGGAAUGUGGGAAGAGCUUCAGCCACAGCUCCAGCCUGAUCUGCCACUAUAGGAUCCACACUGGGGAACGGCCCUACAAGUGCUCGGAAUGUGGGAAGAGCUUCAGCCACAGCUCCAGCCUGACCUGCCACCAGAGGAUCCACACUGGGGAACGGCCCUACAAGUGCUUGCAGUGUGGGAAGAGCUUCUGCCAGAGCUCCAGCCUCACCUGCCACCAGGAGAUGCACGCCAGGGGAGGGCCCUUUGAGUGUCCUGAGUGUGGGAAGAUGUUUCAGUGGAUCUCCUAUCUCAUUGUACAUCAGCAAACACACACAGGGGAGAGGCCCUUCCGCUGCACAGACUGCGGGAAGAGCUUCAAGUGGAGCUCCCAACUCACCAGCCACCAGCGCAUCCACACCAGGGAGAGGCUAGAGUGUCCCGAGUGUGGGAAGAGCUUCUCCUGGAGCUCGUCCUUGAGGAAACACCAGCAGAGGCACCAGUAAGGGAAUCCCUGCGAGUGCCCCAAGUGUGGGAAGAGCUUCGGGCACUGCUCCAACUCCAUCUUAAAACUCGAGGUGCUGCUGACUGAAAAGCUCUUCCAGAACCCUGUACUUCAGACACUUAGGAAUCCUCUUCUCUUAUUAAAUGCCGUAAAAUAU